UUUUUUAGGUACGUGGAGAUUCCUUCUGGGAUAUUCUGGAAGAAUCGUCAUGCAACACUCUACAACUGCAAGCAUCCUUCAAAGAAAUUCUCACCACAAUGGGAUUUGACAAUGUUCGCUCUCUUCAAAGCUUCUGCGAAGAAGAUUUCAAGAAGAUAGAGAAGUUCAUGCAGACCAAGCUGAUAAGGAUUUUGGAUAAGAAAUGUCUUCAUAUGUCAGCAGAUAAAAAGCAGAAAGAGCUGGAAAAGUACUAUGGAUCAUUAUUUUCUAUUCUACCAGAAGAGUAUGAGAUUUUAGGAGGUCAACGCAGGACAAUAUUAGAAGCAUCUAAAGUUGCUGGCAACCUGCUGACUGAAGCAAACAAGAAGAAAACUCAGGUGGCAUCCAUUUUCAGAAAAUGCUUUGCACCAUCCAAACUUACUUCUACUCAAAAGUUGAAGCCUUCUGACAACACCUCAAAUGAUGAAUAUAUUGUAAAACAAACACAAUCUUUAACAGAAAACAUCCAGGUAUGGUUAGAAACAAAUGCUCCAGAACUUUUUAAUUCAAAUGUUGACAGUGAAGCAACAGAAGAAAAGGUGUAUUUAGUUGUGCCUAAAGUGGGGAAAGAUCCUUUCGGAAACUUGCUGGCUAAAGUGUCUUGUCCAGUAUGUGAUCAAAAUUUUACCUUUGGCAAAACUGGCCCUCGAUGGAGUUCUUCAAAUUUCUAUAGGCAUAUAGAAAAUGUCCACCACAAGAAGAAGAGAAAGUCCAGUGACUCCAGCCAACAAACUUUAAAGAAAAUGUUCAAAAGUAACACUGCUGAUAAUGAGGAAGACAGUGCUGGUGGAAAGACAAUUGAGACAAACAAGACUGUAGAUGUCGAGGUUGUUCCAGAAAAUGAUACGAAUCCAACCUCUAGUGAAAUCGAAGAUCCCUCAGCCAGCAGCACGUCUCAAAAUCAGGACCAGGAUUUUGUUCUGACGGUGGAAGAGAACUGACCACUUUCUCCCGCCACUCACAAAGAAAU